AUGGUUAAUGAUAUCGUAAAACGACAAAGUGAUACGAUAAUCGCUACAUCUGCUGCUACGCCAACAUCACCAGUGUCGACUUCCGCGGAUUCUAUAACCUCAACGCCUACUUCUACACCCGUAACGGAUUCGACAUCAGCUCUGUCAACUCCUCCCGUGUCGUCAACCCAGCCUGCAUCAGAAACUCCGCCAACGUCGUCAACCCAGCCUGCAUCAGAAACUCCGCCAACGUCGUCAACCCCGCCUGCAUUAGAAACUCCGCCAACGUCGUCAACCCCGCCUGCAUCAGAAACUCCGCCAACGUCGUCAACCCCGCCUGCAUCAGAAACUCAGCCGACGUCAUCAACUCCGCCUACCUCGUCAACCCCGCCGACGCCAUCAACCUCGCCCACCUCGUCAACCCCGCCGACGCCAUCAACCUCGCCGACGCCAUCAACCUCGCCCACCUCGUCAACCCCUCCGACGUCAUCAACCCCGCCGACGCCAUCAACCUCGCCCACCUCGUCAACCCCGCCUACGUCGCUGUCUGCCUCAUCAACUUCGUCUGAUUCAUCAGCCUCGCCGGCGUCAUCAACUUCAGGUACAACUUCUGCAACGUUAACGGUUUCUACAACUUCUGCACCUACUUCAGUAUCGACUUCUAUAUCUGUAUCUACGACUUUGACCUCUGCAAUUUCUACUUCUACAACAUUAACGAUUUCUUCAACUUCUACGCCUACUACAACCUCACUGACGUCAUCAACUUCAGGUACAGCUUCUGCAACGUUAACAGUUUCUACAACUUCAAUAGCGACUUCUAUAUCUACAACUUUGACCUCUGCAAUUUCUAUUUCUACAACAUUAACAAUUUCUUCAACUUCUACACCUAUUUCAACAUCAACUUCUAUAUCUACGACUUUGACCUCUACUCCUACAACAUUGCCAAUUUCUUCAACAUCUACACCUACCUCGAUAUCGACUUCUAUAUCUACAACUUUGAUCUCUACAACUUCUACAACAUUAACUAUCUCUUCGAAUUUCACAUUUACUCCAACAUUAACUUCUACACCUACGACUUCGACUUCGACUUCUACAGAUACCACUAAUACCCUAACUGAUACUACGACCUCAACUUCAUCGUCCGAUAGCACACAAUCCUCAUCAACCACUCCAACGUCUAAUACUAAUUUAGUAACAUCUACUUCAACAUCUUCACUUAAUGAAAAAGAGUUUACCAGUACGAGUAUCAUUACUGUUCAUUACAACCCACCUCCAUCUCAAACAACUACGACUGAAAAUGUUUGUGUUAACACUGACUGUGAAGUGGCGACUUCUACAAAUCCAAGCCAACCAGGAUCAACCAUCACCACCACCAUACCACCCAGUCCAGCCUCAAAUUCAAUAAUAACGAUAACACCAACCAACACUAACUCUUAUAAUGUUACUACCACUAAAUAUGUCACAUCUACAUUUUAUUCUACCAUAACGAAG